AUGGCGUCCCCGCCACUAUCGACACCGUCGCUUCCGUCCCCGCCACCGCCGGUAGAUAUCUCGAAGAUAGACUUUCUGGAUCCGCCGCUUCGAGCAUUCGGGUUCGUGAUUGACCUCAUUUCGCCUGAGAAAGUUUCCGGCCGGUUUCAAGUCACUCCCAAAUGCUGUCAGCCGUUUGGGGCGUUGCACGGUGGUUUGUCGGCAAUGAUUGCGGAAGAGAUUGGUAGUUACGGUGCCUACUUAGCUUCCGGCAAGCGAGGCUCUGCCGGAAUCCAACUUAACAUAAACCAUCUCAAGAGUGCCCAAGUCGGUGAUCUUGUGCUUGCUGAGGCUACUCCGGUCAAUGCCGGAAGAACCAUUCAGGUCUGGGAAGUAAAUUUCUACAAAGUUGAUCCCAAAAAUUCAGAGAAUGACCUGUCUGCCAUGGACGUAGUGGGAAAGGUGUUAGAGGUCGCAGAACAACACAAAUACAUCAUCUUCACGGAGUGCGAUGAAGAGACUCAGAGCUACCAUUGGGCGCUGUGGCAGCUCCGUAACUUGUAUGGCGAAGAUCUGCAUCCGAGUGUCAUCGUGACUGAUCGGGAGCCUGGACUGAUGAGGCCUCUUGAUGAUGUAUUUCCAUCCUCACAUCACUUGUUGUGUACGUGGGAUGUUUACAGGGAUGUUGAAAGAAAUGUGAAAAGAAUUUUGAAUGGAAAUGCCCAUGUAGCAAAAAGCUUCGCAUAUAAUGCAUUCAAAGCAGUGAUCGAAGCUGCAAAUCGGGAAGUAUACGAAGAAGAAGUACAGUUUCUGGAGCAUAAUUGGUCUCAAUUUCAGCCCGUUCUAGAGUAUGUUAGGAAGACAUGGUUAGUGGUGGCGCACAAGUUUGUACAUGCAUGGACCAACACUUAUUUGCAUUUUGGCAACACCACUAUUUGUAGAGUGGAGAGCGCACACAAGUUGUUAAAGGAAUGGCUCGGCAUUCCAAAUGCUUCUUUUGAAACGGUGUGGCACAGGGUUCACAUGUUACUGGAGACACAGCUUACGCAAAUAAGGGAGAAAUUGCAAGAAUCAAGGCAGAAAAUAGGGAGGCAACACAACAAGUACCCUUUCUACCAAUUAAGAUGCAAUGUUUCACACUACUGCUUGGAUCUAUUGAACAAUGAGUUGGAAAGGAUGCAACAACUCGGAGAUGAUGUGUAUUGGGAAUGCAAUCAUUACCUGAAACAAACUCAUUCCCUCCCUUGUGCAUUUAUACUUAAGCGUAUAAUGGAGGCCAACGAGAUUUUGACUCCAAAAUACUUACGCCAAUUUUGGAGUACACUUGACAUCGGUGAGGUUACAGAGAAGGAUGGUUCGGAUGAUGUUUCCCCUCACAGAUUGUUGUUCAGGCAGUUAGUGAAAGAAUUGGACGUUGCUGAGGAGCCAAUACAGCGCGAGAUCACCAGAUUGAUGUACAACAAACUUCACCCAGGCCAAGCCGGAUUAAAUGAACUGCGGGUUGGAAAGAGAGGCAAGGGCAGGCCAAAGAAGAGGGGCAUCUCUAAAAAAAAGCAAGACAAACCAAAUGUGUGGGCAUACAGGGACGGCAAUCAGGGUGGCACCAAUACCAGCGGUUCCAGUAAAGCAGGUACGAGCCAAGGUACCUUGGGUAAAGGUGGGACGAACACUCACAGUUCCAGUAGAGGCCAUACAUCGGGAGCUGAAGAUCAGAGCAGAGGUACAUGGACUGGGCAAGGUGAGACGAACACUAGCAGUUCCAGUAGAGGCCAUAGGUCGGGUUCCGAACCCCAUGUCGGAGACAGACUUUUCCAGUUUAGGCACAAGAAUGAGAUUCCUCAGCUACUCCACAAUCAUGUUCAGUCAUAUCUUGAUGUCGAGGCUGACGGUAAUUGUGGUUUCCGCGUCUUUGCGAGUUGCAUGUUGGGAGGGCAGGAUAAUCAAAUUUUGUGCAGACAGAUAUGUUAUGAUGAGGUUAUAAAUAACCCUGGCCUGUACGGGAACCUUUACGGGUAUGAAGCCAGUUUAAUUUUGGUGGGAAAAAUUACCUGCAAGCCUAGAGCGUAUACGGUGGACUGGUACCUCCGUAGGUCACUGGAUGUCGACAGAGGACUUUUAUCCCCUUGCUACAUAUUUCAAUGCUGUUGUGCACUACUUCAGAACCAACGGUGCUGA